GGAGGCGGUGGCUCUUCCUUUCCUGGCCAACUUGGCUGCGCUGCCAUCAGGACAACACUGACAGACUUUAAUAAAGUUUCUGCCCUGUCGGUGUCCCGGUCCAGACAUGGCCCCCAGCACGCAACUGAAGGAGGCAGUGGCUGAUGUGCAGGAAGGGAUCCGUGCCAUCCUGCUCGGACCGCCCGGAGCCGGUAAAGGGACCCAGGCUCCUCGACUGGCAGAGCAGUACUGUGUUUGUCACCUGGCCACCGGAGACAUGCUGAGGGCCAUGGUAGCUUCAGGCUCCGAACUCGGCAAGAGGCUCAAGCAGACCAUGGAUGCUGGCAAACUGGUCAGUGAUGAGAUGGUUGUGGAGCUGAUUGAGAAGAACCUGGACACGCCUGCCUGUAAGAAGGGCUUCCUGUUGGACGGAUUUCCUCGCACAGUCAAACAGGCAGAGAUGCUCGAUGACCUGUUGGACAAAAGAAAGGAGCAGCUGGACUCUGUGAUCGAGUUCUCUGUUGAUGACUCUCUGUUGGUCCGCAGGAUCUGUGGCAGGCUAAUUCAUCAGCCGAGUGGCCGCUCCUACCACGAGGAGUUCAACCCCCCCAAAGAGCCCAUGAAGGAUGACGUGACUGGUGAGCCGCUCAUCCGCCGCAGCGACGACAAUGAAACCACGCUGCGCUCCCGUCUGGACGCCUACCACCGGCAGACCCUCCCUCUGGUGCAGUACUACAGCGCCAAGGGGCUGCACACCGCCAUCGACGCCGCCCAGAGCCCCAACGUCGUCUUCGCUUCCAUCGUAGCUGCCUUCUCCACCACCACAGGAGCCCGUGCAGCGGCCUCUGGUUGAGUCCAGAGCUGAUCCGGUCCCACCAAGUCCAAGGAUUGGAGCUGGGUGGGUGGACAGACAGAUGGAGUGACGGUUCAGGAAAUCGGGAACAAAAGGGGAAUCCUUACACUUAAUGAGUUUGGUUUGCAGUGCUGCUGGAGUAGAUGUGUUUUCAGUGGAUCUCGUCUGAAAUAAACAAAGCCGUCAUGUAAUAUUUCCCAUUUCUCCUUCUGAUAAACCUGCUUUUCUACAAUCA